AUUCCCCGGGUUGGUUUGGCCGUGCCUGGGGGUUCACCCCGUGCAGGAGGUUUCUCCAGGGGAGCAGCGCAGCGUUACUUUGGAGGAUCUGGAUGCUGCAUUGCCACUUAUAGAACUCUACAAAGAUAAAUUAGUGGGUAUCGGAGAGGUUGGACUAGAUUUCACUCCCAGAUUUGCCAGCACGGAUGAACAGAAGGAAGGACAAAGACAGGUUUUGAUCAAGCAGAUUGAGGUGGCAAAAAGACUGGAUUUGCCUUUAAAUGUUCAUUCCCGCUCAGCUGGAAGACCAACCAUUAACCUCUUAAAGGAACAAGGUGCCAAAAAGGUGUUGCUCCAUGCUUUCGAUGGGAAGCCGUCUGUAGCCAUGGAAGGGGUGAAAGCUGGGUACUUCUUCUCCAUUCCUCCUUCCAUUAUAAGGAGUGAGCAGAAGCAGAAGCUUGUGAAACUCUUACCUCUGGAAAGUAUGUGCUUAGAAACUGACUCUCCUGCUCUGGGACCUGAAAAACAGGUGAGAAAUGAACCAAAAAAUAUUCACAUUGCUGCAGAAUAUAUUGCUAAAAUUAAAGGAAUUCCAGUUGGAGAAGUUAUAGAAGUGACUACGCAGAAUGCACUGAAAGUAUACCCUAAACUUCGUCACUUUCUUCGGACAUAGACUUAGAAACUGAAAUGUAUGAUGUCGCAGAAACUACUGUUCAUGGUAUAAUAAAUAAAACCAACAUGCAUCCUGUCUUU